AUGGAAACCUUGAAGGCGAGCAAAACGCAAGAUUCGGCUGUACGCUACCUUGCUAUCCUUGACAACUAUACCAUGGUUUUCGCCUCGCGAGACUGUACUGUUCGACUCUGGACCCUUGAAUCUGACCAGCUCGAGUCACGCAACGUUCUCCACGGCCAUACUGCCGAGGUGCGAAACAUCCAAGUUCAUGGCGACGUGAUUGUAUCCGGCAGCUAUGACGCAGAUGCCCGGGUAUGGAAUACUGAGAUAGGAGACUGCUUGCACGUUCUUCAUGGACAUCGGAGUCAUGUUAAUGGCGUGGCAUUUGACGGGAAGAGGGUUGCCACUAGCAGCACUGACGGCGAUAUCCGCAUUUGCGACUCGGAGACUGGAAACUGUACGGCUACAUUCGUGGGUCACGAAAGCAAAGCUAAAAACGUAUCGCACAUUCGUCUAGUUGGAGAUGCUCUCAUCUCGGGUGGAGCAGACGGCUCCAUUGAAUUGUGCGCUUUGUCUCCGAUCGACGCCAGCCCACGUGAACUGGCAAGCUCUGACGGUGGUGGCACUGCCAUCAGUACAGUAGGUUUCCAGGGGGAUCAUGUCAUUGUCGGAACUACAGGAGGAUCUGUCAAGAUUAUCGACUGUCAGUCGGGCGAGACGCUAUGUAUAUGCACAAACGGAACCUGUGGCAUUGCCAUAUCUCAGGUCGGCUUCACCCUUGAGUACAAUCCAGCUGUGGUUUGUCUGAAGGACUAG